AUGUUUUACCUGUCACGAAGUCUGUCGAGCAGCAUCACUGAUCCAAUGAUCCCUCCGCCAUGUAUGUACCUUGGGAGCCAGUCAGUUGCUUGGUCGGGUGUUCCAAUUUUGGACCGUUGCGCGUCCAGGCCGGGGCCCGGCGGCAAGCCCCACGAAUUGCAGUGGGUAACGGCGAGGGAGACUGAGAGAUCCGGAGCGCAGAGUUGGCCGGAGCCUCAGGGAGCCACUAAGAGGACGACUAGCAUCAUCUGGGAAGUUGAAAGUGCAAUGGGCGGCGAUUCAACGAGGACCUGGAGUAGUUCUGCUGUUUCUGGAAAGCGAUCAGGGAGGCAGAUCACUUGGUACGACAACGGAUCAGCAGUCCCUAAGCCAGUGGGAGACUUAUGUGAUCAGACCCGUAUUAAUUAUACUAGUCCUGGCGACAAAAUAAGGAGACUGGGGGCGGUCUCAGUGAUUCCGGCACGUCGUCUCUUGGAAUCACUCAGCAGACCCGAAAAAGGAAAAAGGGCUGCGCCGGGAUUUUGGUGGAUCCACCCGCGUCCUGGGCGCACCGUCUGUCGCUGGGCAGGCUGCGAGGACGCCAUUCCGGGGGCGCACGCAGGAAAAGAACAAUCAAGGACGGCCGGAGGGCGUGAUGAGGAAGAGACAGGCAGGAUUCUGGGGGAGCACAGUCAGAAUACGCAAGCAAGAAUGCGUGUCGUAGUCAGAUCAGAUCGGGGUUCUGUCGCCGCCGUACCGCCAGCCGGCAAGGAACGAGCCAAGCAGCGGGCCAACGAGACUAAACACCGCCCGAGCCGGCCCUCUUCUCGUUCUCGCUCGAUGCCCUCAGACUGCCUUGCCUGCCAGUCAACCUGCCUCCCCUCCUCUCGCUCGCCAGCGCUGCUUCAUUGUCUGCCUCCGCCGUCACCACCUCGUCGUGCCUCUUCUGUCCACGCUCGUCCGUCCCCUGUCGAUCGCGUCUCGCUGAGAUCCCACUGCCCGUAG